AUGUUGCAGGAAGAAUUGUCGGGACCUGAGGGCCCCACGACAUUGCCCUGGGUCAAGAUCCCCAUCCUCGUCAGGGAUCGCUACCGCAACUUUAGACGCUGGCUGCGAAAAGACAAGACCAUCGUGGCCUGCGUCGAAGACCUCAUGGAGCCACCGCCAGAAUAUCAGGCCGUGCGAAGGCAUCCUCCGGCUAGGGGUGAAAUGGCCACCUUGCGAUAUGAGCUUUCUUGCUACCGCAGCGAGCUAUCCGUCGAGGAGGGGUUCGAAAGAGAACUCCUUGCCGCCGACAUUGCGAAUCUGCACCGGUGGAUCGGUCAACUGGAAUAUCUCAUCUAUUGGAAUUUGGCUACAACCAUCCCCGCGAGGUAUCGGCAUGAGCCGAUCAAAGAUCGGAUAAUGAAGAGACUGCGGAGGCUUCGUGAAGAAUUUGCAUCUACGGAUAAUGAUGAUGAUGAUGCUCUUGGAGAUGAAGUAAUAUCAGUAGAAAGAAGAGGAGGUGAUGUCAUAUUAGUGCGAAGAGGAUAA